GAUUUCAAGAAGACUGAAAAGUUCAGAAUAACCACAGCUAACUAACUACUUUAUUUGCAGAUUAAAAGAGUUUGAUAGUUACGGGAAAUGGACACAAGACACACCCACCAACACCAUCCCCACGGGUGUAGUGUGUUCGUGCCACACCCUCCCAGUGACAACAGACCUGGGGAACACAGGCCAACUCCGCUGCAACGUCACAGGAGCAAAUUACCACCAAUGAGAAAAUAUCCUAGUGUAGAACAAAAGAGCGUCUACUCAGAGCUCAUUACCACAGCAGCCAAACCACAAGCACAGUUUUGCACACAGGGCCCAGUGACCCAGCAGAGUUUACUGUGUCAGGCUGGGUAUGACUCAAACAGCCCUAAAGCAAAUACUUUCCGGACUCCUGCUGACCUGCUCCGCAUCGUGGAGAAAGACAGUCACGGCCCAACCACGAAGGUACGGAAGCAGACGGACUUCCCCUCGGGGAGCUACGCGGCGAAGGUGCAGCUCCCCUGCACGUCCUCGCCGGGCCAGUGCCCUCGGCAGAUUGAGGUCGAGAGACGGAGGCGGGACUAUCUGAAGAUAGACAUUGCUCAGCUGCUGUCUGAGCUUGGCAUUGACUCCAGCCAGCUGGUAGCCCAACCUGUCAGCACUGAGUCUCACACAGAAGACUCCUGCACACCUGUCUCUCAGAGCCCUCAUCCACCUACCUGUCCACCUGGGUGGAAGGGUUCCAGUGCACCUGGCUCUAAGACUCACUCUCCCCCAGUUUCUAACUACCUGCCCCUGGAGAUAUUUGACAAUGAGGACUUGGACUGCCGGAGGGCAGAGGACUGGCUAGCUCUCGGCUAUGAGCAGGGCUCGAAUGAACGUAGGCCCAUACCUGCCAAAGCCCUGCUACCGGCCUGCGACACCAUCUCCCCUGAGAAUCAGAGGAGCUGGAGCUCUGAGUACAGCUGGCAGCCUGUGGGGGUCCUGGACUACAGCCAGAAGAGGAAGCAGUAUAUGGUGCAAAGGUCAGAUCCAAGCGGCCGUGUGAGGGACCGCGAGGGCCAGCCUGUGAUGGGUGACGCACAGAGAAACAAAGGACCACUACUCCCGGGUCAGUACUGGGUUCCGCGGCUCAGGUUGCUGUUCUGUGCUGAGGACCCACGUCGCUUUGCCCAGAGGGUCCAAAUUGCCCACGAAGCCCGGCGGGCGGCUGAGGCCCAGCUGCUGUACCACCUCUCUGUGGACUGCAUGCCAUCCUGGAGCGGGACUGCUGCCCUGAACUCCACCAGCCUUCGGCACAUCAAAACCCUUGCCCUCACCACCCCACGCCUCCGACUCCCACUUCUGCAGGCUUGCGUGGAAGGUCUGCAGAAGGAGAUUGUCCUGGACUAUGAGCGCACCAUGAAUCGUUUCAGCUUUGACCAGCUUGUGCUUGCCGACCCCAUGGAGUUCCCCCACAUCACCCUGCCACCAAAGGAGCCUGACAGAGUCCCCGCUAAAGGUGUGGUGGCUGUGCCCCUCUACCCGUACGAGAGGAACCGCGCUGCCUUCACCUUCCAUUCUCUGCUGACCAGGCCGGAGCCCAUCGCUGCUCUGGCCAGAGUGAGAGGGGACUGCCAACGCGUGGCAACCAUGAGCCUCUUCUACGUCACCUUCACCAAGCCCCUGCGUCUGGAGGAGUUUGAGCUGGUGCAGUCGCAGACGCACGCACAGGUGCAGCUGUUCCUGCGCGACUCCUGGGUCACCACCCUGUGUACCAGCAUCUGCUCCAGCCUGCGUGACGCCGGCCCGGGCUGCUUCAACCUGAGUGAGUCCCGCUGGGAGGUGUACUGCAUGUCCAAGCUGUGCCGCCUGAUGGUGCAGGUGCGCUACGCCCUGCAGGACACUCUGCGCUUCUUGGUGCAGGACUCUCUAUGCAGCCUGGAGCAGCUGGUCCUGGACGCCUGCCACAGCGUGCUGCACUGCACUCCACACCUUGACUGGGCCGCCGACCUCAUCAACAGCCCCUACAAACCUAAGAAGACCCCUCUGUUCCUGCUGGACCUGGUGCUGGAUCAGACUGGGGUCCAUUAUAAAACUCCUCUGGAGAACUUUGAAACAUCCGUCAUCAGUCUGCUGGACAGAGGCAUCCUGUCCACCCAUAAUGUCCCUCAGCUGGACAAGUUUGUGAUGAAGAGUCUUUUCAUCAGCGGGACUCCUGUGCUGGAGUCGGUGGACCCGUUGGAGCCAGCGGUGACGGAGCUGAGAGAGCGCCUGCGCGCCGCCCUACGGCAAGCCGGCCUCCCUCUUCAGGCCUACGCCCGCCAGUACGAGCGCCACCUCGAGCUGCACAACUCUGACAUCAGCAGCUUCCUGGAACGUCACAGCCCACAGAACCCCUCCGCCGUGGAGGUGAAGCAGGAGGUGCUGUUGCACCUGAAGGAGAAGGAGACCCUGGAGCAGACGCUUCCCUCCUCCAUCCUCAUCGGGCCCUUUAUGGUGAGCGUGGAGGCCGUGCGCCAGAAUCUGGCCAAGAAACGUCACAGCCUGGCCAAUGCCGUCCUGGACCGGCUCGCCCUGAAGCUCCGCAUUCAAGUGGAGGAGGCUUGUGAGAAGUGCAAAGCCAUUAGCAAGAAGCUGUUUGAGAAGCCCAAUAGCAUCGAGGAGCUGGCUGAGCAAAGGGAGUGGAUGAAGCAGAUCCCAGAUCAGCUCAAAGCUCAUGAAGAGGUGUUGUCCAAAGCCCUGGCUGACUAUGAGAUCAUCGACGAGUUUUUUUACCACCUCUCCAAUGAGGACUUCAGUGGAAAGUGGACCGCGAUGUCCUGGCCCCAUAAGAUCCUCUCCCAGAUGGAAGUUGUACAGGCGCAGCAUGUAGAGGAUGAGGAACGCUUCCGCAAGGUCCAGCUGCUCGACCAGAGCAACUUCCAGGAGCGUCUGGACUCCCUGCAGAUGGUGGUCGCGAGCUUUGCUGCCUACACAGACAUCAGCCGUGCGCACGAGGUGGCCAAUGAGGUGCGGCGUGUCGGGAAGCAGCUAAAGGAGUGUCAGAGCAUGGCACAGGUUUACAACAACCGUGAGCGCAUCUUUGGCAUCCCCAUCACCAACUACAACCAGCUGCAGAAGCUCAGUCGAGAUUUUCAGCCAUUCUGGGAUCUAUGGACGACCACAUCUGAUUGGCUGAGGUGGCAAGAGAGCUGGAUGAAUGACCCACUGUCCACCAUCGAUGCGGAACAGCUGGAGCGCAGCGUCAACGAUGCCUUUAACACCGUGCACAAGUGUGUCAAACUGUUUAAAGACAUACCAGCCUGUCAGGAGGUGGCGUCCUACAUUCGUGGUAUGGUCGAGGAGUUCCGGCCUCACAUCCCAUUGAUCCAGGGCCUGCGGAACCCGGGAAUGUGCAGCCGGCACUGGGCCCUGCUGUCCGAGCGCAUCGGCAUGAGCGUGAGGCCCAAGGCCAGCCUGACCUUCAGCCACUGUGUGGAGCUGGGACUGCAGCAGCACGGCGAGGAGAUCGCACGCAUCGCCGACGUGGCCGGGAAAGAGUACGCCAUCCAACAGGCUCUGGAUAAGAUGCAACACGAGUGGUUAACAGUGGUGUUGGAGGUCUUGCCGUAUAAGGAGACGGGCACCUACAUUCUGAGGAGUCCCGACGAGGCGUCCCAGCUGCUGGACGACCACCUUGUCAUGACCCAGAGCAUGUCCUUCUCCCCCUACAAAAAGCCCUUCCAGGACAGGAUCAGCACCUGGGAGAGCAAGCUGAGGAUGACACAGGAUGUGCUUGAGGAGUGGCUGACAUGCCAGCGCUCCUGGCUCUACUUGGAGCCCAUCUUCAGCUCGGACGACAUCAACCGACAGCUGCCUGUGGAGGGGAAGAGAUACCAAACCAUGGAGCGCACCUGGAGGAAGGUGAUGAAGACUGCUCACGACAACAGACAGGUAAUUGAGCUGUGUCCUGAUCUGCGUCUGCUGGAUAACCUGCGUGAGUGUAACAGAUUGCUGGAGCAGGUGCAGAAAGGUCUGAGUGACUAUCUAGAGACAAAGCGUGCCAUCUUCCCCAGAUUCUACUUCCUGUCUGAUGAUGAGCUGCUAGAGAUUCUGUCCCAGACCAAAGACCCGACAGCAGUGCAGCCACACCUGCGCAAAUGCUUUGAGAACAUUGCCCGGCUGCAGUUCCAGCCAGACCUGCACAUCACACACAUGUACUCUGGUGAGGGAGAGGAAGUCAAGCUCUUAGUCCCUGUGUUGCCUUCCGGAAAUGUGGAGGACUGGCUGUGUGAUGUGGAGAAGUCCAUGAAGCUCAGUCUUCGUGACAACAUCGACCGUUCCAUCAGGGUAUACGCAGAGGAACCCCGCACAAAGUGGGUGUUGUCAUGGCCAGGACAGGUGGUGAUCGCGGGGUGCCAGACCUUCUGGACUACAGAAGUGUCUGAGGCUCUGCAGCGGGGAGACCUGGCUGGACGUCUGUACCCCCAGCUCCAGACGCAGCUGAGAGACCUGGUCCAGCUGGUGCGGGGCCAUCUGUCUAAGAUGCAGAGGGCUGUGCUCUCUGCCCUCAUCGUGAUCGAAGUUCACGCUAAAGAUGUGGCCGCAAAGCUGGUGGAGGAGACUGUGGCCAACAUCAAUGACUUUGAGUGGAUCAGCCAGCUCAGAUAUUACUGGUUGAGAGGUGACUUGUACAUCCGGGCAGUGAAUGCAGAAUUCCUCUAUGGUUACGAAUAUCUGGGUAACUCCGGGCGACUCGUCAUCACCCCACUGACUGACAGGUGCUAUCUCACCCUGACAGGUGCUCUGCACCUGAAGUUUGGAGGUGCCCCGGCAGGUCCGGCGGGCACAGGUAAGACCGAGACCACCAAGGACCUGGGCAAGGCACUAGCCAUCCAGACCGUCGUUUUCAACUGCUCAGACCAGCUGGACUUCAUCGCCAUGGGAAAGUUCCUCAAGGGUCUGGCCAGUUCUGGUGCAUGGGCAUGCUUUGAUGAAUUUAACCGCAUUGAUGUGGAGGUGCUGUCUGUGGUGGCCCAACAGAUCACCACUAUCCAAAAGGCCCAGCAGCAGAGAGCAGAGCGGUUUAUGUUUGAAGGAGCAGAGAUCCCACUGGUUCCUUCUUGUGCUGUCUUCAUCACUAUGAACCCAGGCUAUGCUGGACGAACUGAAUUACCCGACAACCUAAAGGCUCUCUUCCGUCCUGUUGCCAUGAUGGUCCCAGACUAUGCCAUGAUUGCUGAGAUUUCUUUGUACUCAUUUGGCUUCAGUGAUGCUAAACUUCUCUCCAAGAAGAUAACCAGCACUUUCAAGCUGUCGUCUGAGCAGCUCAGCUCCCAGGAUCACUAUGACUUUGGCAUGAGAGCUGUGAAAACUGUGAUCUCUGCUGCAGGAAACCUGAAGAGAGAGAACCCGGACAUGAAUGAGGAGCUGAUUUGCUUGCGUGCCAUCAGAGAUGUCAAUGUGCCCAAGUUCCUCCAGGAUGACCUCAAGCUCUUCGAGGGCAUUGUGUCUGACCUCUUCCCCAAGAUCCGCCAGGACCCCAUCCACUACGGCAGCCUGGAGGAGUCCAUCCGUACCGUCUGCAUCAGCAAGUGUCUGAAAGACGUGGACGGAUUCAUUACAAAGAUAAUCCAGCUGUAUGAGACCACAGUGGUGCGACAUGGUCUGAUGCUCGUGGGGCCGUGUGGCUCAGGCAAAACUAAGUGUUACGAGGUGCUGGGGGAGGCCAUCACGGCCCUGCAGGGCCUUCCCUCGGUCAGCGGAGGGGUGUACCAGGCUGUACAGACCUAUGUGCUCAACCCCAAGUCCAUCACUAUGGGUCAGCUAUACGGAGAGUUCGACCUGCUCACCCAUGAGUGGACGGAUGGCAUCCUGUCGUCCCUGAUCCGUGCUGGUUCGGUUGCGAUGGACGAAGAGAAGAAGUGGUACAUGUUUGACGGGCCGGUGGACGCCGUGUGGAUCGAGAACAUGAACACUGUGCUGGACGACAACAAAAAGCUGUGUUUGAGCUCAGGGGAGAUCAUCAAACUCACUGACGUGAUGACUCUGAUGUUCGAGGUGCAGGACUUGGCCGUUGCCUCCCCUGCCACCGUGUCCCGCUGUGGAAUGGUGUAUUUGGAGCCCAGUAUCCUGGGACUCUCUCCGUUCACCGAGUGCUGGCUACGCUCCCUCCCCGAACCGCUGCUGCCCCACGUCCCACAGCUCCAUUCCCUCUUCACGCGAUUCCUUCAGGACUCUGUUGCGUUUGUGCGGCUGUCCGUGACUGAAGUGAUCACCUCUGUGGACAGCAGCCUCACCUGCUCUCUGCUCAGACUGCUGGAAUGCUUCUACCAGCCCUUCAUCUCUCGAGAGGGAGAGAGACCUCAUCCCCAGGAGAAGCUGGAGCGAGUGUGUGAGCUGAUUGAGCCGUGGUUUGUGUUUUCUCUCGUGUGGAGUGUGGGUGCCACAGGAGACGCAACCAGCCGCCAACGCUUCAGCACCUGGCUUAGAGCCAAGAUGGUGCAGGAGGAGAUACAGUUGUGUUUCCCAGAGGAUGGACUGGUAUAUGACUACCAACUGGAUGAUGCAGGCAUCAGUAACCUGAGUGAGGAGGAGGAAGAGAGAGUGAGGAAGGUGCAGUGGGUUGGCUGGAUGAAGUAUGCGUCAGACGUCAUCAUCACUCCAGAGACCCCUUAUUCUGACAUCAUAGUUCCUACUGCAGACACCAUACGCAUGUCUCUCCUGAUGGACAUGCUUCUCUCCAAUAAAAAGCCAGUGCUGUGCGUUGGGCCCACGGGCACGGGCAAAACACUGACCAUAUCUAACCAGCUGCUCAGGAACAUGUCGGCGGAGUACACCACCCACUUCCUUAUGUUCUCUGCCCGCACCUCCGCCAACCAGACGCAGGAUUAUAUCGACAGCAAGUUAGACAAGAGGCGGAAGGGUGUGUUCGGCCCUCCUUUAGGGAAGUUCUUCAUUUUCUUCAUUGACGACCUGAACAUGCCCAUGAUGGAGACAUACGGGGCCCAGCCGCCCAUCGAGCUCCUGCGUCAGUGGAUGGACCACAGGGGCUGGUACGACAGGAAGCAGAUAGGAACGUUUAAGCAGUUGGUGGACAUCAAUUUUGCAUGUGCCAUGGGCCCCCCUGGUGGGGGCAGGAACCCCGUCACCCAGCGCUUCACACGCCACUUCAGUGUCCUCUCUUUCACCGAGAUGGACGACGCUAGCAAGAGAAGGAUCUUCUCCACCAUCCUGGGCAGCUGGAUGGAAAAGGUUCCUGCGCUGAUUCCUCUGAACGAGUCCCUUGUGGAUGCCACUAUUAAGGUGUUCUCCAGAAUCACCUCAGGCCUCCUGCCCACGCCAGCCAAAUCCCACUACACUUUCAACCUGCGCGACCUCUCCAAGGUGUUUGAGGGCAUGCUCAUGACAGAGGCGAGGAAGACAGAGACCAAGGCCCAGCUCCUGCGGCUAUGGUACCACGAGAGCUGUCGGGUGUUCCAGGACCGGCUGGUGAGCAGCGACGACAGGGUCUGGUUUGACGGGACCCUGCAGGACCACAUGACGGAGUUCGGCUGCAGCUUCCAGGAGGUGGUGCCCUGCCAGCCGCUCCUGUACGGAGACUUCCUGAUCCCCGGGGCCGAGAACAGAGUGUACGAGCUCAUUGAGGACAGGGAGAAGUUGGUGCGGGUAAUGGAGGAAUACCUGGACGACUACAACCAGACCAGCACCACUAGGAUGAGGCUUGUGCUCUUCAUGGAUGCCAUCCAGCACGUGUGUCGUAUCAGUCGAGUGCUGCGCCAGCCCCUGGGCAACGCCCUGCUGCUGGGCGUGGGUGGCAGCGGGCGCCAGUCCCUCACCAAACUCGCCACACACAUAUCCGAGUAUGAGUGCUUCCAGAUUGAGCUCUCUAAGAACUACAGCGUGUCGGAGUGGAGAGAGGACAUUAAGAACAUCAUGAUGAAGGCUGGACUGCAGAAUGUUCAGAUCACCUUCCUCUUCGUCGAUACACAGAUUAAGAGCGAGUCGUUCCUGGAGGACAUUAAUAACAUCCUGAACUCAGGUGAUGUGCCGAACCUCUAUGCUGCAGACGAGCAGGAGAGGAUCCUGACGGCCAUGAAGGCCGUGGUGCAGGAGCAGGACCUGCAGCCCACCAAGGCCAACCUCACCACCGCCUACGUGAAGAGAGUGCGCAGAAACCUCCACACUGUGCUGUGUAUGAGUCCGGUUGGGGAAGUGUUCCGGGCUAGGCUCAGGCAGUUCCCCUCCCUGGUCACCUGCUGCACUAUAGACUGGUUCAGUGCCUGGCCACAGGAGGCACUGCAGUCAGUGGCAGCCACCUUCUUAAAUGACCUACCAGAGCUGGAGGCCAGCCCUGCUGCCCUCAGGGGCAUGAUGGUGAUGUGUGUGGACAUCCACCAGACAGUGGCUUGUAAGUGUGAGCAGUACCGUGCUGAAUUGUCGCGCUACAACUAUGUCACGCCCAAAAGCUACCUGGAGCUUCUUGGCACCUUCUCAACUCUGAUUGGCCAGAAAAAGCAGGAAGUGCAUGGGGCUCGCCAGCGAAUGAAGACAGGAUUGGACAAGCUCUUGAGCACAGCUGAGGAUGUGAGCAAGAUGCAGGAAGAGUUGGAGAUGAUGAGACCUCUCCUGGAGGAAGCAGCCAGAGACACCGUCAUCACCAUGGAGAAAAUCCAGGAAGACACAGUGGUAGCAGAGGAAACUCGUGUGGCGGUUCAGGCGGAGGAGACUAGGGCCUCAGAGAAGGCAAGAAUAGCCGCCGCCAUCGCGGCAGACGCGCAGAAGGAUCUAGAUGAAGCCCUGCCUGCACUGGACGCCGCGCUAACCAGCCUCAAAGCCCUCAACAAGAACGACGUCACCGAGGUAAGGGCCAUGCAGAGACCCCCCCAGGGUGUGAAGUUGGUCAUUGAGGCUGUGUGUAUUAUGAAGGGUAUCAAGCCUAAGAAGGUGUUUGGGGAGAAGACCGGCACCAAGGUGGACGACUACUGGGAGCCCGGCAAGAGUCUCCUACAGGACCCCAGCAAGUUUCUGGACAGCUUGUUCAAGUUUGACAAGGAUAAUAUCCCAGACUCUGUGAUCAAACUGGUGCAGCCCUACAUAGACAAUGAGGAGUUCCAGCCAGCCUCCAUAGCGAAGGUGUCUAAGGCCUGCACGUCCAUCUGCCAGUGGGUGCGCGCCAUGUACGCCUACCACUUUGUGGCCAGAGCUGUGGAACCCAAACGGCAAGCUCUGUCCGAGGCUCAGGAGGACCUGGCAGUGACCCAGCAGAUCCUAGGGGAGGCCAAACAGAAGCUGUGUUCCGUGGAGGAGGGUGUGGCCUCGCUGCAGGACAAGUACCGCCACUGCCUGGCCAAACGUGACGAGCUCGACAGCAAGUGCCAGCUGUGUGAGAGCAGACUGAUCCGCGCAGAUAAGCUGAUUGGAGGCCUGGCUGAUGAAAAAGUGCGCUGGAGGGAGACGGUGCAGCAUUUAGAAUAUUUGGCAGAUAAUAUAGCAGGAGACGUGCUGCUGGCUGCAGGAUAUGUAGCCUACCUGGGUCCCUUCACUGGUGAGUAUCGGGCAUCGAUGGUGCAGGACUGGCUGGGUGCAUUUAAGGAGCAGCAGGUCCCUCACACAGCCGAGCCAAACGUCAUCAACACACUCGGAGACAAAGUCAAGAUCCGCUCCUGGCAGAUUGCCGGCCUGCCAAAGGAUAACCUCUCUGUUGAGAAUGCAGUGAUCAGCCAGUUCUCUCAGCGCUGGUCCCUGUUCAUUGACCCUCAGGGGCAAGCCAACAAGUGGAUCAAGAACAUGGAGCGUGAUAACGGAUUGGAUGUGAUGAAGCUGACCGACCGGGACUUCCUGCGCAGUCUGGAGAAUGCCAUCCGCUUUGGGAACCCCUGUUUGGUGGAGAACGUAGGUGAGGAUCUGGACCCAGCACUUGACCCGGUUCUGCUACGACAGACCUACAAGCAGCAGGGCAAUACAGUACUGAAGCUGGGAGAUGCAGUCAUCCCCUACCAUGAUGACUUUAAGAUGUACAUCACCACCAAACUGCCCAACCCUCACUACUCACCUGAGAUCUCCACCAAGGUCACCCUCAUCAACUUCACCCUGUCACCCAGUGGGUUAGAGGACCAGUUGUUGGGCUGUGUGGUGGCUGUGGAGAGGCCUGACCUGGAGGAGGCGAAGAACCAGCUGAUCGUGAACAACGCUCAGAUGACGCAGGAGCUGAAGGAGAUCGAGGACCAGAUCCUACUCCGCCUCAGCUCGGCUGAGGGGAACCCUGUGGAUGACCAGGAGCUCAUCCGAGUGCUCGCUGCCUCCAAACUCAAAGCUGGAGAGAUCCAGGCUAAGAUGAAGGUGGCGGAGGAGACAGAGCGGGUCAUUGAUGCCACACGUCUGCAGUACAUCCCCGUCGCUGUGCGCACACGAAUCCUCUUCUUCUGUGUGUCGGACCUGUCCGACGUGGAUCCCAUGUACCAGUAUUCACUGGAGUGGUUCCUGGGCAUCUUCAUGGCUGGCAUGGUCAACUCCGAGCAGGCAGAAACGAUGGAGAAGCGCAUCCGCAAUAUUAAGGAGUUCUUCACUUUCAGUCUGUACUGUAAUGUGUGCCGCAGCCUGUUUGAGAAACACAAGCUCAUGUUCGCCUUCCUGCUGUGCGCUCGUAUUAUGAUGAACGACAACCUGAUUGAUAUGGCUGAGUGGCAGUACCUGCUGGCAGGUGGCAUGGCCCAGCUGCAGCUGCCCAACCCCUCACCCAGCUGGGUGUCAGAGCGAGUGUGGCAGGAAGUGCUGGCCCUCGACACGCUGCCCACAUUCAGAGGACUGGCACACACCUUCAGACAGCAUGAACCUGAAUACAAGAGGAUCUUUGACAGCACCCAACCACACCGAGAGCCUCUCCCACGUGACUGGGACAGUAGACUGGACAGUUUCCAGCAUCUGCUACUGCUGCGUUGUCUGCGUGUGGAUCGUCUCACACACGGCCUGCAGGACUUUGUGUCGGCACAUCUGGGUCAGCGCUUUAUCGAGCCACAGACAUCUGACCUGUCUGUGGUCUUUAAAGAGUCAUCACCCACCACUCCACUUAUUUUUGUGCUGUCACCCGGCACUGACCCCGCUGCCGAUCUCUACAAGUUCGCUGACAUUAUGAAGUUCUCUAAGAAAUUGACUGCCAUCUCUCUAGGCCAGGGCCAGGGCCCCUGGGCUGAGGCUAUGAUGACCAGUGCAGUGGAGAGGGGGAAGUGGGUUUUCUUCCAGAACUGCCACCUCGCACCCAGCUGGAUGCCCUCUUUAGAGAGACUCAUCGAGAGCAUUGACCCUGACAAGGUCCAUCGGGACUUCCGUCUGUGGCUCACCAGUCUGCCCAGCAACAAGUUUCCCGUGUCCAUCCUGCAGAACGGCUCCAAGAUGACCAUUGAGCCUCCACGCGGCAUCAAAGCCAACCUGCUCAAGACCUACCUCAGUCUGGGUGAUGACUACCUCAACUCCUGCUCCAAGUCGGCUGAAUUUAAAUGCCUGUUGCUAUCCCUCUGCCUGUUUCACGGGAACGCCAUCGAGCGCAGGAAGUUCGGCCCGCUUGGGUUCAACAUCCCAUACGAGUUCACGGAUGGUGAUCUGCGCAUAUGCAUUAGCCAACUACAGAUGUUCCUCAACGAGUACCAGGAUGUCCCUUAUAAGGUACUGAAGUAUACGGCCGGUGAGAUUAACUAUGGUGGUCGUGUAACUGAUGACUGGGAUCGUCGUUGUAUCCUGAACCUCCUGGAGGAUUUCUACUGUCCUGCUGUGCUGAACCCGGAACACGUCUACUCCCAGUCGGGACAGUACCGACAGAUCAGCCCUGACCUGGACGUCAAGGGCUAUCUGUCGUACAUCCGCGGCCUGCCCAUCAACGACAUGCCCGAGAUCUUUGGCCUGCAUGACAAUGCUGACAUCACAUUUGCCCAGAAGGAGACGUUUGCCCUGCUGGGAGCCGUGAUCCAGCUACAGCCCAGAGCUGCCUCCAGCAGGGGCAAGGCCCGGGAGGAGAUCAUAGAGGAGAUUGUAGCAGCCAUUGUGGAGAAGAUUCCCAACCCCAUCAACAUUCAGGAAGUCACAGAUAAAUACCCAGUGAAGUAUGAGGAGUCAAUGAACACUGUGCUGGUUCAGGAAGUUAUCAGAUACAAUAAGUUGUUGGCUGUGAUAUCUCAGAGUCUAAGUGAUCUGGUCAAGGCUCUGAAGGGUUUGGUCGUGAUGUCGUCUGAACUGGAGCUCAUGGCUGACAGCCUGUUCAUCAAUGCUGUCCCAGACAUGUGGAAGGCCAAGGCCUACCCGUCCCUGAAGCCCCUGGCGUCCUGGGUGUCGGACCUGCUGCAGCGCCUGGCCUUCCUGCAGGGCUGGAUGGUGGAUGGCAUUCCUGCCGUCUUCUGGAUCAGUGGCUUCUUCUUCCCGCAGGCUUUCCUGACAGGCACGCUGCAGAACUAUGCCCGCCGCGCCAUCCUCUCCAUCGACACCAUCAGCUUCAGUUUUGAGGUUAUGAAGGAGCCAGCGUCGGAGCUGACGGAGCGGCCGCAGGUGGGCUGCUUCAUCCGCGGCCUGUUCCUGGAGGGGGCGUGCUGGGACCAUGAGGCCCAGCGGCUGGCUGACUCUCGGCCCAAGGAGCUCUACACAGAGAUGGCUGUCAUACGCCUGCAGCCUGUCACCAACCGCAAACCUCCAGACUCUGGAGUUUACAUCUGCCCUAUAUACAAAACGCUUACACGUGCCGGAACUCUCUCCACCACUGGUCACUCCACAAACUAUGUGAUUGCAGUGGAGCUGCCCACCGACCGAAGCCAGAGGCACUGGAUCAAACAAGGCGUGGCACUGAUAUGUGCUCUGGAUUACUGAACACACACACACACACGCGCACACACACUGAUAUUUCCAAUUUAAACCCUAGCUGAUUAAGCAUGUCAAGCUAACCCUUUUUCCUAGAGUGAUGAUCUCUCAGCUAAACUCCUCUGCCUCUGCACUCUCUGCAUUGUCCUUCUGUCUAAUUCUGUGUGGUCUGUCUGGAAGGAAGUGUUUUGGUUUCUCAGCAUAUG